AUGGGGAAACGAGCUUGUCAGAUUUUCGUGAAAUAUUUUCCGGAAAUACAAGGGGGAAAGGGAACUUCCAAAGCGGGAGCGAAACAAUCGAAUAGUGAGAUCAAUCGGGUGAUUGAAGAGGUUAGGAACGAAAUAGGAGUGCUGAGCGAAACGAUGAAAGGGAAUACUCUGGGAGAAGUAAAAGAGAGUCAAAAUGAAAAUGCGGUGGAGGCGGGAAAUGUGUCCAUAGAAUCGAAGGAAAGUGAGAUAGAAUCAUCAGUGAGAAGAUCAGAUGAAAUGAUGUUAUAUUUAAAAGAUUUUGAGGAGGGAAAAUUAGAAAACGCGGCAAGUUUAGUUGAAAUUUUCAAAUCGUUUGUGGUACAAACAAGAGAACAGCAAAAGCUCAUGAGAGAGAAAGAGAUCGAGGCAGAGAGGAAAAGAGAACGUGAGGUCAAAGAAAAUAGAGAUCGGAAAAAGCGUCUCGAAAAAUUGCUAAUGAAUUUGAAUGAACAGUUAAGAACCAAUAUCAAUACACAUACGCAGAAUGAACCAGAUCGAGCUUUGAAACAGACGAUGAGCAUAAAAAUUGAAUCCGAUGAAGAAGAGCUUUCGAAUACAGAUAGCGUAGAAGGCGAAACUGAAGGCAGAUUCGAGGAGAUUAAAAAGUCUGAUAAGAGAUUGGAACAGAUGGAAAAAUUAGCAUGUCAGAAAAUUAAAGGAAUGAAUCUGAAAAAAGGCAAUACGUUUCUUUCGGAAAAGAAUAACGAUAGACGUCACAGAGAAAAUAGAUAUUCAUCGUAUUCAUCUAGUGGUACAGAUAGCCUAGACUGGGACAGUUCGAGUACACGAAGUACCUCAGAAUCCAGUCUGGAUAGGAAAAGCAAGAAAAAUAUCAAGAAAGGGAAGCAAACAUUCGACAAACUGAAGAGAAUUCCAGUGUCGGAGUGGAGGGUUAAAUAUGACGGGAAAGAUCAGGGGAGACGAGUGGCGGAAUUUCUAAAGGAAAUUGAACUGAGAAGGAAAUCGGAAAAAAUAUCUGAGCGGGAAUUGUUUCGAGGAGCUAUCCACUUAUUUACAGGGAGAGCAAAAGAUUGGUUCAUGGAGGGGUACGAGAAUCGUGAUUUUCGAAAUUGGCAUGAACUCAAACGAGAAUUAAAGCGUGAGUUUUUACCACCAGAUCUGAACUUUCAGAUAGAAAUUCAGGCAACCAACCGUCGUCAAGCUCGAGGAGAAAAGUUCGUGGACUAUUUCCACGACAUGAUAAAACUUAUCCAGUCUAUGACAAGACCAAUGUCAGAGAGAAGAAAAUUCGAAGUCAUAUGGCGAAACAUGCGAUUUGACUACAAAAAUGCAAUGAUUGGAGCUGGUAUAAGGUCAUUGCCAAAAUUGAAGAAAUAUGGUCGAAUGGUAGAUGAAAAUUAUUGGAACAUUUAUCAGAAACCAACAGAAAAUCAAUAUCGUUAA